AUGUCGGAUCAAAAUGCGCAACCAAGCGGCGCAACUCCGCAAGUUUCCGCACAAGUCGCCGCUUCCUCAAUUCCUCCGCCAAUGUUGCCACCAACACCAUACGAUUAUCCCUACGGGUUGGAUCCGAUUCAAAUGACUGACUAUUGGAAUGCGGGCGCCUAUCCGAAUUUGGCACAUCAUUACGCGCCGCCACCAAUGCCCGCGGAACUUGUUGAUUAUAAUUAUCAGCCGAUUUUGCCGCCUGUUCCGGUAGCGGAAGUUUCCGCGGGUGCAACGACUGCGGGAGACGCGGGAACACAGGAUGCUGGGAAGAAUAAUGCGAGUGAUGUUUUGGAAUUGAAGGUGAGUAGAAAACAAUUUUUCCCUAAUUUUCAAAAUAUGUAGAAUUCGCAAAUUCGCUCUGUUGAUAAAUAAGAGGCUUUUCAAUAUUUUCAAAAUUUCAAAACCUUUCGCUUUUAUCAAUAGAGCGCAUUUGCUAGAGCUCGGAGUUUCCCCCAGUUUUCCAAACAAAAAUAUAUUUGCAAGCGCGCUCCAUUGAUAAAUGCAGAGAUUUUUGAACUUUCUUGGAUUUUCUCCCAAAAAUUUAAAAAUAUGCGAAACCCUCUACGUUUAUCAAUGGAGCGUGUUUUGAAAUUUAUAUAUUUUCCAUUUUUUUGAGUUUUCCGGCCAGCGGAACAGGUGAAAAUCUUGAUUUUUCCCUGUUUUUAUUUUUCCCCAAAUUCUCAUUCAAAAAUCCAAAUUGCAGACCUCAAUUCCUGCCUCCUCCUCAACAUCUUCAACAACUCCCGCCGUAGUUCCAACAACAUCAAAUCCACCACCUCCACCAGUUCAAAUCGAUCAAAUGUCUCAAAUGUACGGCGCAUGGACUGGCGGAUAUCCAGCUUAUACGAUGCCUUCUGGUAUAACUGAUGAUAAGGCUGGCACUUCUUCCAAUAAUCCAUAUUUACCGCUAGGAGCUGGUUAUCCAUUUGGAGCAGAUGCUGGCGAUAUUUCAAGUUUUUAUGCUCAUCCGGUGAGUUUUGCGGGGGAAAACAAAACAAAAAAUGAAAAAAAGCAUCGCGUGGCCGAAAAAAACGCCUGGUUUUCUAGACCACGUCCACGUUUUUUUUCAAUUUUCAACUUUUUCAAAUUCUUCACCUUAAAAAGGUCGUGUGGGGUCUGUAAUUAUGUAACAAACACUCUUAAUCCAUCAUUUUAUGUACCCCUCUUUAUUGUUUGACUUGGUGAAGGCCACUCCAAAAAAAAAAUUGGGGGUGGAUGAAGGCGUCGGCGAAAAUGAAAGAGAAGCGUAUAAAAACCGUCGAGCGCGGUGACAGUUCAAAGAAACAUGCGUUUUAGUGUAUUUAUAUUUGUAUUUACGAUUAAUCCGAGAUUUCUUGAUGUAAAUUAGAGAAAGGGGUUUCAGAUUUGGGAGGGGAUGAAGAGAUUUUUAAAGAAAAUUAUUUUUUCUAGUUAAUUUUGGUAAAAAAAUCUCCAAAAUUCGAAAUUUGUGAGAAAAAUUUCAAAAUUUCGUCUCGCUCAGGACCCCUUUAGAAAAACACUUGUGAAAUUAAUCGCCCGGAAAAUUGUGACCUACUUAUCCUAACUCAAUUCAAAUUUUAUUUAUCCUAUCCUUUUCAGGCUUCUGGACUUGCCGAUGCUCCUCUCACCGACUACGGAAUCUCACCGCAUUUCGACCCCACACCCUACGGAAACCUUGGCGGAAUGUCCGCAUCAGCUGCGCGAAGUGAAAAGGCGCAAAAUGCGAUGAGAGCGUCGGGAAGAAGACGUGGAGCCGCGUCGGCUGCACCAUCAGGAAUUCCAACAAGACAUUCAUCGAGUUCGAGAUUGUCGGAUAAUGAAUCGGUUAGCGAUGAAAAGGAUACUGAUCGGAGGUCACAGAAUAAUGCGAGAGAGAGGUAAGCAAAUACGCUCUAGCGCGAAUUUGGCGGGAGGAGAGAGGUUUUGAAUUUUUGUUGAUGUUUUUAAUUUUGAGCUCUUUAAAAAUGUUUGGGGGGGGGGGGGCAAAAGUGCUCCACUGAUAAAACGGGGGCUUUCCAGAGAAUUUUCAAAUUUUUUCGAUUUUUGCAGAGUUCGAGUGCGCGACAUCAAUUCCGCAUUCAAAGAAUUGGGUCGAAUGUGCACCACACACAAUCCAACAACUUCCGAACGAGCACAAACAAAACUCGGAAUAUUACAUCAGGCUGUUUCGGUUAUUACACAACUCGAAGAACAGGUAAGCGAACACUUUUAGAUUUGUUUGAAGGGCAAGAGAGAUUAACACCCCCCCAUUUUUGACACUUUUAAUUGUUUGAUUUGUUAAUUAGCCUGGGAAAAUUAAGAUUACGUAAUAACUGAAAAGGGGGGAUACUGGUUUUUGCUAAAAUUUUAGGAUUUUCUAAUUACAAAUUGAAAAAUUUGCAAUUUUCGAAACAGUUGAAUUCAAAUUUCUCUCAAAAUUGCAAUAUUUCCAGGUUCGUCAACGCAACAUGAAUCCAAAAGUAAUGGUAGGCUUAAAGCGAAAAAAUGAGGAAGAAGGAAAGCUGAAAUUACACGAUGGUCCCGACGCGACAACUCCAUUUCAACAACAUCAUAGAUUUAAUCAAUAA